GCGACCGCUUUCUGCGUUCAUUCACCUCCUCUUCUGCCCCCUCGUCUCGUUCCUUCUAAUCGUCUUUGUCUACCUCUGAAUUGACUUGCACACGAUUAAGCCCGAAAGUGGCCUCUGCCAAGUUACAGCGAACUCUGCGGGAGAACCCCCGCCGCUGAACGACAUCCUCGGUUGUUACUUGCAUCACGUCCGCAACUCGCUUUCUUGCCAUGGAUUCAUCGUCGGCGAAUAUAAUGGAAUGGGACGAAAGUGCAGUCCAAGCGUGGUUUGUCAAGCUAGGCUUGCCACAAUACGAGAACCAGAUCCGAGAGCAUAGAAUAUCCGGCGAGGUGCUGUGUCUGUUAGAUGCGGAUGCCCUGAAGGAAGUCGGUAUCACAACAAUUGGCCAACGGCUUGCCAUCCUCAAAGGUGUCUACAAUAUCAAGCUCGCUCAGGGUAUCCCUAUUGAAUCGGAUCACUAUGUACCGCCUUCGGAAGUCGAGGAACGAAAGGAGCAACAGAAUGUGGACAAGUUGUUUAACUUGCUUCGAGAACAGGGCGAGCGGUUGCGAACGCUUGAAGAGGAGAACCGCAGGUUAAGCGACAGCCUCCAUUCAUGUCUCGACGACGUGAGCAGUGUCAGGAACAGCAUCACCUCGCAGCGGUCACAGGCGGAUACGGACAGUCCUGUACGAUCGCAUUCCUUCAAGUGGGCGUCAUUUGUUAAACCCAUGCGCUCCCCCACAAAGGCUGCCGCUCCGGAAUUCGUCGACUCGCCCCAGCCAUCGCCCCAACGACUCGAGCAUGAUGUCACUUCGCGCAGCGGCAGCUCAGACAGGUCUCGGGGAGAUUCAUCACACACAACCGCUGGUCCCAGCGGUCCUGCAUUGAGGCAGCUACGACCAGAACCCUCUCGGCAAGACAGCUCGGACAACUUGAGGGCCCUCAGGCAAGAACCGUCGAGGCAAGAUAGCACCGACAACCUGAAGAGCUUCAAGGUCAGCCUCGACGAUCCUGCGUGGAAGGUGCUGCCGGCUGCGUUGAAGAAGUACAAGAUCAACAAUGAUGACUGGCAGAAUUACGCCAUGUUCAUCUGCUAUGGCGCGCCGGGCAACCGCAUAGAGAGGUGUUUGAGCUAUGACGAGAAGCCCCUGCUGCUGUUCCAGAAGCUGAAGGACGCGAAGAAGAACCCAGUCUUUAUGCUUAAGCACAUCAAGGACAUACGGUCACCAAUCGCAGUCGCACAACAGAAACAGGCCGCACGCAAAGCCUCCGGAGACUCGUCAAAGUCGCCGCCCGUAUUGCUGGGGCAGAACCAACCGACGGUACAGGGCCAGGACGCAAACGGCCGUCCACUCAGGUUGCAGGUCAACAGCCACACCACGGCACCAGGGCUUUUGUCUGCGGUGCCCAAUGGGCAGUCAGGCUGGCCUGAGCUUAUGUCGCCUGCGGUGGAGAACAAGGAGGGUGCGCAUGAGCUGGGCGCGUCUGCGGAGAAUGCGGGAGGGUCGAAUGCUGCGAGCAGCUCAGAGAACGCAGUUCCUCCAACAGUACUCAGGGAGAUCCCACCAUCGACUGGAGUGUCUUACGCAGUUGCGAUCUACCCGUAUAUGGCCGAGCAGGAAGACGAAUUCGAUGUUGUCGUUGGAGAUACGUUCAUUAUCCUGUCAAGAGCGAGAGGAUGGUGGGUCGUCCAACGAGACCCAGAAGGCUCGGGGUCGAUCGAACCGGACACGAGCAAGCAAGGCUGGGUGCCCGCAGGCUGUCUGCUCGAGACCAGCGUUCCUGUUUCGACGGCUAUCGCAGAGGCAACCGCGAGGGGUGGCUCUCAACAUUCGCCUCCACAAUCACCAGGCGACCGUACCCCUAUCCUGCCGCUCAGUAUCCUGUCGACGAGUUUCCCGGGUAUCGCGCUAAUGGACUACAAGAAGAAAGGAGAGGAAGAGCUGAACUUAGCGAAGGACGACUACCUCCGCGUGUUCAAGCGGUAUAACCAUUGGUCAUAUGCGGUCAAAGAAGAGAACGGAGAUCGAGGUUGGGUGCCGUCCUGGUUCAUCGGGAAGGUACCGGCGCAAGCAGGAGGCCCACAAACGCCGAGCACGAGUGGUGCACCUCACCAACUAUCCGCCUCCUACACAGAAAGUGAGCCGCGCUACGGGAAUGACACCUCCCCACAAACGCAAGUCUCACCGAUGUCUUCUGCGUUCCCGCCUAUGCAGACGCGGUCAACAACAGUAGCAUGAUCGCGGCUUGCUUCAGCGGUGUGCUCCCUGUACUAUGAUAUGACAUUCUCUCCCUCCGUCCCUCCAGGUCAAUGGACCGCAUCCAUACGUUCUCGCCGCCGUUCCGCACUACCCUACUACUCUCCUUCGCUUCCGUAUGCUACAUGGUAAGUUAUCGGACUGCAAUGGGUUUUAUUUUCUGUUUCGCUCGCAUUACACGGUCGUUUGCGCUUCGCUUCCUCUGAAUACUGUCCUUAGCCCGCAAUACUUUCCACCUUCAUCCCGCAUUCAUGAUACUUACAUGGGCCCCCGCGCGUGCGCGUCGGCUCCGCACUGUACUCUAACUGGCCCAGCAGGCGGCCCCUGUAGUGUCGAUACUACGUAUACUGUUACACCUAAACAAUACAUGAACGCAUGUUCGUCUGCUCAGCU